AUGGACUGUGACAUUGUCCGUGAUCUAGCGAAGGCGAUAGACGCGUUAGAGGCGGAUAUGGAGAAGGUUGAGGGUGUCCUUGAGGCCGUUGCUGAAGAGAUAGCGACGUGCACGGACAGCUUAGCGUACUUGCGCAAUGAGAAAAAGAAGCUGCGCGGUGAGGUAAAACAGCUAGAAAAAGAGAAGAAGCUGCUCUUUAACAUCAUGCUCCGCCACACUGUGGCAACUACUGUCCCGCCACCACCACCAACAGCCCCACGCAGUCAGCUCAGCCCGUGGCUCAGCUCCCCGAUGCACAGACCACUGGUUGUGCUCGGCGAGCGCUGCAUGGAUGAGGAUUUUGACAGCUACGAGGACCUGCACAGCCUCCUGGAAGCCAUGGCAUCUGCGCUGGUGCUUACACCAGAUGGGCUGCUGAAGGCAGACUGGUUCAUCCAGGUCCGGGACCACCGCUGCAACAGCCGUGGCAGCAAGGCCAAAUUUGAGCAGGACUAUAGGGCUCAGCAUGACAUCAAGGUUGGGCUUCGCUGGUUCCACAUACUGCUGAGCAACAUCCUCCGCCUCGCCCCUGACCUGGAGCAGGAGGAGUUCCUGCGGGCCUACCCCUCAGAGUUGGCUGCAUUCCACAGCAGUGGUCGUAUCAGUGCAGCGCUGACCAAGACAUAUGAAAGUAUGAAGCCCAGGCGCAGUUGUGGCAGCAGCAGUGGCACCCAGCACGGCAGCAGCAGUGGCGCCCAGCAUGGUGACAGCAGCGGCACCCAGCAUGGUGGCAGCAGCGGUGCCCAGUGUGGUGGCAGCAGUGGUGCCCGCAAUAGGGCUGCGGCUACCCUUCUGAUAGCAGUCCAGGGGGUACCUGGCAUCCAGGGAGCUAUGGGGAGCACAGAGCAGUGUUGGCGGCUGUAG